AAUCGAUUUUUUGGGAGUAUAUAAGGUGUGCCUGGGCCAUCCAACGACAUCAGUUCCCCUCUCGACUCAAGUCAGUCAAAUAAAUUCAACGGUCAACAUGAAAAUGAUGCUUGUCCUCGUUGCCCUCGUGGCUGUAGCAGUGGCAGCUCCUCAGCGUCAGGCUCAGGAACAGGAAGUGGUUGUCCUGAAACAGGUGGAGCACAACAACGUAGGUCUACCCGAGGGAUACGGCUACGAGUACCAGCUCUCCGAUGGCAGCAGCAAACAGGAGCAGGCGCAAUUCGAGGAUGCCACCGACGAAGAGGGCAAUCACGUCCAGGCAAUCGUCGUCAGGGGUUCAUACAGCUUCGUCGGAGAGGACGGUGUCACCUACACCAUCAACUACACAGCUGAUCAGAACGGUUUCCACCCAGAGGGUGCACAUCUUCCUGUUGCUCCAGUUGCUUAAAGCCAUUUUGUCAGUCAUUUGAUUUUUAAUAAAUUACAUAUUUUACCAAAAUCAUUA